CCGCAAAGCUGCAGCCACCGCUAAAGCAUUGGAUCCCUCAACGUACUGCGAGAGCCCGGUGUACAGCCCGGACCUGUGCCCCAACAUGAUCGCCGCGCAGGCCAAGCUGGUCUACCAGCUCAACAAAUACUACACGGAGCGCUGCCAGGCCCGCAAGGCAGCCAUCGCCAAGACCAUCCGGGAGGUGUGCAAGGUCGUGUCGGACGUGCUGAAGGAGGUGGAGGUGCAGGAGCCGCGCUUCAUCAGCUCCCUGAGCGAGAUCGACGCCCGCUACGAGGGGCUGGAGGUGAUCUCGCCCACCGAGUUUGAGGUGGUGCUCUACCUCAACCAGAUGGGCGUCUUCAACUUCGUGGACGACGGCUCCCUGCCGGGCUGCGCCGUGCUCAAGCUGAGCGACGGCCGCAAGCGCAGCAUGUCCCUCUGGGUGGAGUUCAUCACCGCCUCGGGCUACCUGUCCGCCCGCAAGAUCCGCUCCCGCUUCCAGACGCUGGUGGCCCAGGCCGUGGACAAGUGCAGCUACCGGGACGUGGUGAAGAUGAUCGCGGACACCAGCGAGGUGAAGCUCCGCAUCCGGGAGCGGUACGUGGUGCAGAUCACGCCCGCCUUCAAGUGCACCGGGAUCUGGCCCCGCAGCGCGGCGCAGUGGCCCAUGCCCCACAUCCCCUGGCCCGGCCCCAACCGGGUGGCGGAGGUGAAGGCGGAAGGCUUCAACCUGCUUUCCAAGGAGUGCUACUCGCUGACGGGCAAGCAGAGCUCGGCCGAGAGCGACGCCUGGGUGCUGCAGUUCGGCGAGGCCGAGAAUCGGCUGCUGAUGGGCGGCUGCAGGAACAAGUGCCUCUCGGUGCUGAAGACGCUGCGCGACCGGCACCUGGAGCUGCCCGGGCAGCCCCUCAACAACUACCACAUGAAGACGCUGCUGCUGUACGAGUGCGAGAAGCACCCGCGGGAGACCGACUGGGAUGAGGCGUGCCUGGGCGACCGGCUGAACGGCAUCCUCCUGCAGCUCAUCUCCUGCCUGCAGUGCCGGCGCUGCCCCCACUACUUCCUGCCCAACCUAGACCUCUUUCAGGGCAAACCCCACUCGGCCCUGGAAAGCGCCGCCAAACAGACCUGGAGGCUAGCCAGAGAAAUCCUCACCAAUCCCAAAAGCCUCGACAAGCUAUAGGGUUAACACCCCCGCGCACAAAACUC